GUCCACCUCGCCAGCCCAGAUGUCAGAGGAAAUCGCUGAGAAAAAUGAAUCAGAAGAGGAGGUUAGUGAGAAUGAUAGAUCAGAAGAGGAGGUUGAUGAAGACGACGACGUGGAGAACGUCUCCGAGCCAGAUGCCACCGAAGUUGAUGUCCUCGACACCGAAGCCACCUCGGAUCAAGAAGCACACCACUUUGGUGUCAAGAACCCCAUUCUCAUCAACUUUCAAGGCUACACGCUCACGAUGGGCCUACUGAACACCAUAAAGGCCAAGGCCAUAAACAAAGAAGACAAGGUGCGAAGACUCGCUUCUAACAGACCGAGCGAAUGGAAUCACGGAGGAGACAAAGAGGAGUAUGUUCGAGACCCCCGAAUCCGCAGAAUUUGCAGAAUGUCCCGAUGUGUCCAGAAGUUGCACAGGCAUAUCUGCCGAUCGUCAGAACCGGAAAGCAUGCCAUGAUCGCGAGUCAUGAUAUGAUCCAGAAGCGCCUUUGCUCAGACGAGUAGCCACGGCAAUAUAUCCCUUUGCGCAGCGGUAUAAUAAUGCGAGAUACACCAAGCUUUGUGAGCCCAGGUGAACAAGGCGUCGUACUCUUGGGCUUGUGUGGUGCUGACUUUGACACUGCCUCGGUUAUAUGCGAGCUUCUCAACAAGAUCGGUCGAGUUCAGCGAAAGCGGCGGCACAG